ACUAAACAGAUAAAGGGUUGUUAAGUUUCAUGAGCAAUAUUUUUUUUUUUUUUUUGACAUUUUAAGAUUCUGGGUAUUCUUGAAUAGUUUGUGAAAGGUAGUUAAGAUUGUCCAGAGUAGAGUUUUUUAACAGGUAAAGAGCCCUUUUUUUUGUGUUGAAGAAAGAAAAUGUGGCUUCCAAAAUUGCAUGGAGCAAAGAAGACAGAAGGAAAUGGGAUGGUUGCACUUGCCAUAGACAAGGACAAAGGGAGCCAACAAGCGCUCAGAUGGGCUGCUGACCAUCUUCUCUCCAAGGGCCAAACUGUCAUUCUAAUCCAUGUUGUUCAUAUAGCAUCCUCAUCUCCAUAUGGGGGAUACCGUGCUGUCAUUUGUGAUAGCAACGAAGCAGUUGCCUCGCCACACAGAAAACAACUUGAGAAGCAAACUAGGGAUCUAUUCCUUACCUUCCACUGCUACUGUACUCGUAAAGAUAUAAACUGCCUCGAUGUCUUACUUGAAGACACAGAUAUAGGAAAGGCACUAACAGAAUAUGUUUCCUAUGCUGCAAUAGAGAACCUGGUUCUUGGUGCGUCACAUCAUGGAUUUAUGAGAUUCAAGUCAUCAAGCGUUCCAAGCACUGUAUCAAAAGGAGCACCAGAUUUCUGCUCUAUAUAUGUGAUCUCAAAAGGGAAGGCCUCUUCAGUUCGAAAUGCUUCUCGUCCAGCCCCCUAUACUUCCCCACUACUUGAACAUAUUCAGAAUAUAAACAGCAAACGUAUUCAUCCUCCUGCCUCACCCUCCAAACGUACCAUGAACUUAAGAGCAGAAAGGACGUCAUUUAAGCCUCAUAACUCAAGCGAUGAGUCAGUCAGGCCACCGCAGACAAAAGGAGGAAGAGGUUUGAAUGCAAAGGCCUAUUCGGACUUAUCAGAAUCAGAUACUGAAAUAUCAUUUGUAAGCUCUGAUAGGCCAAGCAUUGAACGGCUGUCCCCUACAGUCUAUGAUUUUACUGAUUCAGGCCGAACAUCUCGGCUUUCAACCAGCUCAGAUCAAAGUUUUCAAUCAAUCCAUUUAGAUGCCAAGUUCAGUGACCUCAGUUUUCUGCAUGAUAUCUCAUCAUUUUCACAGGAGAGUGGUAGAACGUCAUGUUCCUGGUCAUCCCAAAAUUUGGAUGAUGUGGAAUCGGAGAUGAGGAGGCUGAAGCUGGAGCUGAAGCAAACAAUGGACAUGUACAGUACAGCAUGCAGAGAAGCACUUACUGCAAAGCAAAAGGCAUCGGAGCUGCAUCAUUGGAAACUUACAGAGGAGCACAAGUUUGAAGAGGCAAAACACUCCGAGGAAGUUGCACUGGCAAUAGCAGAGAAAGAGAGAGCUAGGUCCAAGGUAGCCAUGGAAACCGCCGAAGCAGCAAAGAGGAUUGCAGAGUUGGAAUCACAAAAAAGAGCAAAUGCAGAAAUGAAAGCCCUCAAAGAAGCAGCGCAAGCUAGGGAGGUUUUGGAAAAUCUAGCCCGAAGUGAUCUCAAAUACAGGAGGUACACUAUUGAGGAGAUUGAGAAGGCAACAAAUUUCUUUGCUGAAUCUCAGAAGAUUGGGGAAGGAGGUUAUGGCCCUGUCUAUAGGUGUUACCUUGAUCAUACACCAGUCGCAGUCAAGGUUUUACGUCCAGAUGCUGCUCACGGUAGAUCACAAUUUCAGCAAGAGAUAGACAUACUUAGCUGUAUAAGACAUCCCAAUAUGGUACUCCUUCUAGGAGCCUGUCCCGAGUUUGGCAUCCUAGUGUAUGAAUACAUGGCUAAUGGAAGCUUAGAUGACUGUAUCUUCCAGAAAGGACACACUCCACCUCUCUCUUGGCAAAUCAGGUUCCGAAUUGCUGCAGAAAUUGCCACUGGCCUACUCUUCCUCCAUGAGACCAAGCCAGAGCCACUGGUGCACCGUGACCUCAAGCCAGGAAACAUUUUGCUAGACCACAACUAUGUGAGUAAGAUUAGUGAUGUUGGAUUGGCCAGGCUCGUACCUGCUGUAGCUGAAAAUGCAACACAGUACCACAUGACCUCAACAGCUGGAACUUUCUGCUAUAUUGAUCCAGAAUAUCAACAAACAGGAAUGCUUGGUGUGAAGUCUGAUAUCUAUUCCCUAGGAAUCAUGCUUCUGCAGUUGAUAACAGCCAAGCCACCAAUGGGGCUGACUCACAUUGUUGAACAGUCUAUUGAGAACGGCACAUUCACUGAGUUGCUGGACCCAGCUGUGCAUGAUUGGCCAGUCGAAGAAACCUUGUGCUUUGCAAAGCUUGCACUCAAAUGUGCAGAACUCAGACGGAAAGACCGGCCAGAUCUUUGCAAUGAAAUUUUUCCAGAGCUCAGUAGAUUGAGAGAUAUAGCUGAAGAAAAAAUGAAUCAUGUGCACCCUUACGCCAGUUUUCAUCCCUCGCCCAAUCACAGCAAUGCUUCAACACAACAGUUUUUGCAGGAUGUUAUAAGCAAUCCACUCCUUGAAAACUUAUCAAGUACAUCAUCACUAGCAGAAAAAUAAUCAGGUAACUGAGUAAUGCUGGCAGGUCAAUUCAAUUCAAGUUCCCUUGAGGCAGCAUUGGGACAGAAAAAUCCUUUUUAAUUAGUUGAAUUUUGUAAUGAUAAAUUGAAAUGUAAUUCGAGGUUCCUUUCUUGGAAUUUGAUUCCCAUCUUGAUGGGGUUUUAGAAAGUGAAAUUGGCAUGCUAGUAUGUAAUUUAUUUUUAUUUUUAUGUAAAUAUCAUUGA